UUCGUGGUGCUCGGUCGGUGAACUUUAUAAUUCUCCGCGUUAUUUUACUCGUAAAUGUUACUUUUUUAUGUGGUUUUGCUUUAUCGCUUUUUUUGGUUUCUAUUGGAUGCUUCGGCUUCUUCAGUUUUCAGCUACGAGUGCAGUGUUGAGUGAUGAUUUUGUGAGUUUUGUUGCAAUUUUUCUUGUGAUUUAUUAAGUGAACACCACCAACAGCACAUUUAUUAGCAAAAGGACACGUUUUUGGAGGGUAACUCGCACGUUAAAUUUGGAUUAAUAAGCUCCUUGAUCAUAGAAGAGGCAUGGAUCAUUAAUUUUCUUCACGUCCUCUAAGGUAUCUACAGAACAAAAAUACCACCUAUAAUAAUCAGUAUGCCGUAAUUACUGUCAGUGGUCUGAAAGCGGUAUGACAUCAAAUGAGGGGGGAGUAAACACUCCCCUUUCACCGCCAGCUUUGCCAUCUCCUGGUGGAAAAUUGCCGUCCUUAGAUCCAACCGAUCGUUUACUGGGCAAAGGAUCACCUUUUGCGCCCGCAACGGGCGACCCACAACGACACUCCCAAUCGGAUGACGAUUCUGGCUGUGCUCUGGAAGAAUACACGUGGGUUCCAGCUGGGCUUAGGCCUGACCAGGUGCAUCUAUACUUCUCCGCUCUUCCAGAAGAUAAAGUGCCAUACGUAAAUUCCGUUGGCGAACGUUAUCGCGUAAGACAACUUCUUCAGCAGCUUCCACCUCACGAUAAUGAAGUACGUUAUUGCCACGCCCUUACCGAUGAAGAACGCAAAGAAUUGCGACUUUUUUCAGCGCAAAGAAAAAGGGAAGCGCUCGGAAGAGGUGUUGUUAAACAACUGCCGGCACCCAUGGCAUGCGAAGCGUGCGAAGAGCCCUUAUCGACUGGAGACAUUUCCGUAUUUGCCUCAAGAGCCGGUGCUAAUUCCUGCUGGCAUCCUGGAUGCUUUACCUGCUCCAUUUGUCGCGAGCUUUUGGUCGACCUAAUAUACUUUUAUAAAGAUGGGCGACUAUACUGCGGCCGACAUCAUGCGGAAACAAUAAAGCCUAGGUGCUCCGCUUGCGAUGAGAUUAUUCUUGCGGAUGAGUGCACGGAGGCAGAAGGUCGGGCUUGGCACAUGAAGCAUUUCGCAUGCUCAGAAUGUGAACGUCAAUUAGGCGGACAACGGUAUAUUAUGCGCGAUGGUAGGCCAUAUUGCCUCCAUUGUUUCGACGCCAUGUUCGCCGAAUACUGCGAUUCCUGCGGCGAACCCAUCGGCGUCGAUCAAGGACAGAUGAGCCACGAAGGACAACAUUGGCAUGCAACCGAUCAGUGUUUUUGUUGCCACACCUGCCGAACCUCUCUGCUGGGUCGCCCUUUCUUGCCAAGACGAGGUGCCAUCUACUGCUCCAUAGCAUGUAGCAAAGGUGAGCCUCCUACUCCAUCGGACAGUUCGGGUCCGGGAACUCGCCUACCUCGACAACAACCCCGCAAUCGUCCGCCCCGUGUUCCUUCCCCAAAUGAGUCCAGUACACCACCACCUUCACCAUCUCGAAGACCGCCUCCCUCUCCCACUACCUCCUCGCCUUCAUCACCUCCUGGUAUUUCCCACUCUCGCCAUCCCACCUUACCAAAGUCUUCCCCUCCUUUACGUUCUCCUAAAAUGGGAAGAAGGGCGUUACAGAGAUCGCCAAAGCCAGCAUCUACUCCAUCGGACUCCGGUCAAACCGAAUGCAUACAAAUACAAAGCGAAGAAUUGGCCACGCGUGGAAUACAAUCUGCACCUCAAAGCCCAGGUGGGCGAGGACUGGACCGUGUAGUCUUCGAGCGCAAUCUCGAGAGACUUUUAAACGAAAAACAGUCUCACGGAUCUGACUUAGAAAGACUUCUGCACGCAAGAGACCGAAGCAGAGAACCGCUACACCUAGCCGAUCUGAGCUUGGACGAUUGGCAACCUCGCAGUUGUAGUGAUUCUGGGAAAAUAAAGAAAACAGAUAACAACACUACGGAAAAAGAAAACAAUAAUUGUUCCAGUGAGGAAACGCCACCGCACGCUUCUUCAAUGCCGGAAUUAGCAGUCGCCAAUUCAAGCGAUAGCACGCCAGGCAGUUCGACAACUCCCGGAUCUCCCUACAAAAAGAAUAAAGGCCUGUUAAGCGUACGGUUUCAAGGUGAUAACGAAGCAUUCGAAGGGGACGAUGGAGGUGAUGGGAACGAAAGGAAAAAGUUUCCGAGAAGUCGCAGCUAUUCGGGUAGGACAAGACAUCUUGAUAGUUUGGAUAGAAGAAGAUCCAAAAAGAGUACUUCCGGGACCCAUACGCCGAGCUCAAGCCGCCACCACGACGAGGACGCUUCUAGCUACUGUUCAACUUGCUCUUCCAGCUCUUCCAGUGACGAUUUAGACUACCAGCUACCUCCGAGACGCGCAUACGGAGGGGUUCGAAUCUCUUAUGUUCCUAACGAUGCACUUGCCUGUGCCAGGAGACGGCAAGCGACAUCCGGUCAGAAAUCUCCUUGUAAAAGAGGAAAUACCAUAGACGAUAAAGAUAAAAACUGCACAAUAUCAUGAUUAUUUUUGAAUCGUUUACUAAUCGUUGCCUUC